AUGACAGAUGGGUUCAGCUUACCCCUGUGGCGUUCUGAUGCAACAGCAUCUCAUUCAUGCGAAGCUGCGGCAGAUGAUUGCAUUGCUGCCCUGCCUGCAUGCCUGGGGGCUUCCCCCCCUUCAGAAGCGCUAGAACAUGUAGACUCCCAAACUACCGAUACCACUGCGGACUUACAGAAUCCAGAUCCAGAGCUAAAACUCACGCUGAGACAAGCAGCCCCCCUUUCUCCCCCUCUUUCCUCGCCUCCAAGCGCGCACCCAUCGGUCGAACCCCUCCUGCUUACGAAGACGAGCCAACAGAGAAACGCAAUCUAUGGAGACAGCUUCUACGAAUACUUGCAGGAGAUGCAAUCUAGGUGGACGAUCCUGAAUCGCAGCAACGUAGACACCAGUGUCGUGCGAACGGUGCUGACAGACUUGACGGCGUUCGCUCUAUGUGCCGAGUUGAACUUGGAAUUGGAGGACCUCUGGGUGCUCAUUCCGGAGGGCACUAAACAAGUGGGCUAUACCUGGCGUUUCUGGGUUAGCGAGCCUCUGGGCUCCGAGGCUCACCUCAGAAAUAACGUCGCUUCAUUGGCAGCUGAGGGAAAAAACCAACUUGUACUUGAGUGGGAUGCAUGUACUGACAUGGGAGGCCUAGAGAUCUGGGUUGAUAGACAGCUCUACUGGUGUUGGUUGGCGCACUUUAGUUCAGCCGACGCAUGUGCCCCUGUGCUGCGUGUUAUCGAAUGCUCCGAUGUACUUGCUCGAGAGCUCUUUUUCGAGGGUGGCAGUAGGGAGCGUCCUUUGAAAAGGCCAGGCUUACAUGUAAGCAAGAACGCCGUAAUUCAGAAAGCUCAACAUUUCACCGCAGCACAUUGUACAGUUAAAUGGAAAGGGUGUGGAUCAUGGCGGUGCCGCAGAGAACCGAAAAAUAUAUGUCAAUCGACUCUCGGUGCCUUGCUCUUGAGCGUUGCCCAUAGCUCAUGUGCAGCUGUGCAAACCGGAAAAAACCGAUACUGGGAAGCUCGCGUCGCACGCGUUAUUUUUCGGCAGUGCGCCAGAGUCGAUAGUUGUGGGGGUUGUUUGAGACCCGCUGUUUCACGGGGGCCUCUUGAAAUGUCAGUCCGUGAGGCAUUGUCGCAUCCUGCUGACUCCGGAUGCGCGGCUGCCUUCAGGCGCCCUAAUUUGUGUGUCUGUCCCCUUCACCCAUCCUCGGCAUGUGUGUGUCUAAAUGUUUGGACUUUUGGAACUGGUGUGUUGCGGUUUGGACUUUUAGGACUGUUGCUGCUGCAGGCGUUGUUGCGCCGCUGCAAGAACUUUGGGCUGACUGAGAUCCGCCUGUCUGCUGCCAGCGGGGACUUGACGCUCUUGAAGGCUGCCAUUGCUUCAGGGUUUAGGCCGGUGCAAGUCUACAUUGGGGAAAAUGCAGAGGUCUAUCAGACCCUGAGUGCAAACCCGCAGCUUCCAGAGCCUACGAUCCUCGAAGUCAGGCGAAGGGCUGCUGCUCUGGAACGUAUGAAUACGUUUCUCUCUGCCACCUACUUCCAAGCUAUGGCGGUUUUGUCCGUACACAAGAAUCUCUCUAUUGAGCCGAAGCCUGCGAGAAUGAUAUCGGCGCCAGCGCCCGCGAAGAGCCCCGUGGAGCCACAGCAUUUGGAAUUCGUGCACCGAACGGCUGGUUUGAAUCUGCAGUUCGGGCAUGGAUCACUGGUUUUUGCUGCUCUGGGGACAGCCUUUCUUCUGGCCUUGGUGUUUUGGGUCUUCAAGAAAAAGAUGAAGGGGGGAGGAGGACCCUUCCUGGCGUCAAAAGCUAAGUUUUCCCAUAGGGCAAGGUACAAGGACGAAAGGUACUUGGAGGCUCCUCCCCACUGGGAAGAAGCGUACAAACGAGAGCCAGUGUAUGAAGAAGACCAAGACAACAGUCCGGAAGCGUUGAGGGCAGUGGCCUCCUUUGAAUGA